AUGAACCAUUCGAAGUACAAGGAUAUCAGUGCUAAAGCAGAGGGAGACUUCCUCUGGGCUGUUUUGGUAACUCGUUUUCUCCUUGAGGAUCCGCCUCUCGUGCUUGAUGCCUACAACGGAGCAGAUAGUGUUGCAGGCAUCCCCAACAAUCUACCAGGCCUAGUGAAGCUUGUGACAGAAUCUUUGUCUUGUGGAAAAGCUGCUGAGUACCUGGCAAUGGCUCGCGAAGCAAAACGGUACCUAGCUGCCGAAAUCCUCUACUUUCACAACUUCGACUUUGCCAAUGAUAUGUACGCUUUCAUGACACCGAAGGAACUUUUAUCGACACGUGUCGAGAAAACAAAAGAACUACAUCACCGGAUUUAUCGUGACAUCAUACAGACGUGUGGGGGACUACUGGAAGUUGUCGAUGGACAAGUUGUCUUCGUGCAUCGAGCUGUUUUGGAAUUGAUGCAUUCUGAAGAGUUUCACAACUACUUACUUACCAAAGCUCGGAAAGGGUUCGAUUCUGACCUUUCGGUCUUCAAAGCAUCAGUUUCUUGGUUCAAGCGCAAAUGUUUCAGGAGCGGCGAAUUCGUCGACUUACAGCCCGAGCCGGCGGCGGUCACUCUAGCAUAUGUCAAGAGUCUUUCAAAGUUCCAUAGGAAAUUAGGAAGUACCUUGCCCGAUUUUCAGGAUACAUUUAAUAAGCCAGUCGACGUUUACUGGAUGACAAAGGCUGUCAACAUCCGAGGAGGCUUUCACAACGUAUGCAAGCACGAAAGAUGGCUGGAUGUUGUCAAAGACUUGGGAUAUAGCGACGAUACUGCACUAUCAGUUUCAGAUCCACUCAAGAAGCUGUAUAAGCGAUGGCUUCAUCCGUACGAAGAGCAUCUGCACCAAAAGAAGCUAGAAGAUCACGACCCUAUGAAAGAUAUUGAAGACCUUGUUGAGAGCUUGAGGAAAUGCCUUGAAUAUGCACGACGUUGCGAUCAGAAGGAAAAUAUUGUUGCCACAACUUGGGCGCUCCUUGACAAUAUUGAAGAAUCUCUGUUGUCGAUGACUGCGAGAAAUCAAUUCAACAUAUCAGACUUGUCUAUGACAAGGGGUAUUUAUCGUCAUCUUGUGAUUGAAUCUGGUAUCCAGAGAUACAUCGCGAACAAACUCUGGGUUGAUCCAGGAUAUUUUGACAACAAAUAUUCACAGAACUACCGGUCUCGAAAAUACCUCUCGAGCUACUUCCUCCCAGACUACCCGGAGCUUAGUAGACAAAUAUUGAUGCUCAUUCCCGGAAGCGACUCCAGGACGAUAGGUUUCACAACAAUCACCUCAGUCACGCGGGACGGAAUCACAGAGAGCAUUGAGGGUCUAAAUUCUACGGCUGUGACUUCAAUUGAGCUUCCAGAAGGUAUAGAGGUUGAAUCUCCUAAAGACGGUGCAGUGUGCAAUAGUGCGAGAGCAGAGUCGGAUGCAUUCGUUGAUGAAGUUGACUCAAUUCAGUCGAUUGACGAGGACAUUCAGUCAAACAACAGCAGCAUUGCACGGACUCUAGGCACCAUCGCGGCUGAGCGCCACAUUGGCGACUUGCUUUCCCAGCAUCCGGAUCUCCGCUUUAUCAUUGAUAUAUCCUCAGAACUCAUGCCAAAGGAGAGGCUCGAGCGCAACAUUCGGAGAUCACUCAAGCUUUUGUAUCUUAAACUCAGAGAGCACGCGGAAAAGCACAUCGAAAUCCAGGUUUGGACAACUCGAAUGCUUAAGGGGCGAGGUUCAAGGACUAGAAUCUCAAAAAGAACUGUCGAUGGCGAGUUAGCAUCCCUAUCUCCAGUGAAUAGCAAUGAAGAAGAGGAAGAAAUACGCCCAAGCUUUCGGAAAGAUCGAGCUUAUCUAAACAAUUGGAUAUUAAAAACGGAAUUGGCUCCAAGACCAGAUGAGAAGCCUCAGCAGCCAGCAGAUGAGACUGAACAUACUAAGCUGGCAGAAAGCGAUGACGAUAUUAGUGAAGAAAUACAGAGUGAUUCUGAAGAAUUUCAAGCAGUUCAAGUUGCAGAAGAAUUUCUCAUGAAGGGUCCUCCUUUCCAGGCGUUCUUGGGACACCUUGGGCUCUCAUUGUUACCUGAUGCUCUCAAGCAGGUCAUGCAAUUAGCUACGUGGGAUACCAUUGAGCUGAUUGAUACUCCGGCAGAAGUCUCACUUUCUGAUCAAAUCAAGACUUCUGUGGAAAAGCUGACCGGCAGCCCCUGGGAUUGGUGGCCACUCAGACCGCCGGAGGUACCUGUGCGAAGGGGAUACGUACGAAUGAACUGGGCUUGUCAUUGCGGCAAGCCGUUUUGGGUAGACAUUACUCCCUCUCAAGCACGAAUUAUUAAGAGAAUGACCCAGAACCCUACCACGUUUGCUGAAGACCACCGCAAAGUCGCCCAUACCAAGCGUAAUGCCUUCCAAAGGGUCACAGCAUGGUUCAAAUGGAACUCUGGAGCCAUUUUACCUGUCUCGACGCCAACAUCCCAAGGUAGUCAACAGUCGUCUGGUGUGGGUGGCAACAACCGAGUUCAACAGGGGGUGGCUACUGCAGAGCAGAACAACAUCCCGCCUGUGACUAUUGAUGAUCUGAGGAUCUUAUUUGGAGUACCCAUGGGACUUAAGACGCUAAAUGUGAUCCCGAUCCCGGUCAACCAACCAGACAGCAACGUUUUUCCACAACUGAAGGCCGAGUAUAGAAGAAUGCGUGGCCGAUGGAGAGCUUGGUUCUCUUUCUGGCAGCUCAGUCACUGCAAUUUCGUCAAGAUUGAUCUCCCACCGCCUGUCGGUGACACUAAUAGUUUGUUUUGUUAA